AUGGAUGAGUUGAUCUCAUACGAGGGUAAUUGGCCGGCAGGGGGUAUCAUAUCAACCGCCGACGAUAUGUUGAGGUUUGGAAACGCAAUGAUCUCUUCAUAUAAGGGCACAAAUGGUUUCUUGACUCAACAAACAGUACGGGAGUUGUGGUCACCGGAAACUGUGGGCAAAGUUAAGCCUAUAAUUAUGGGAACCGAUGAAUAUGCCAAAGGGUGGAUGAUUUCAAAACCACCGGAACCCUAUCCAUAUAAAACAGUUAUUUGGCAUUCAGGGGGAUUGGACGGUACAACUACCCUGUUUAAUCUAUUUCCCGAUGAGAAUAUGGUGGGCAUUGCUUUUCUCAAUAGAGGUAUGGGUGCGCAGGGCAAUGGAUUCAACGAAGACUUUAAUUUAAAUGCAAAGUAUGACACAAUCGAUGACGCGAUAAAAGAUGCCCGGAUACUGGUCAACACAUUUAUGGCCCAAAACUCAGUUCCCGGGGCUGUUAUGGGGUUCAGUAUAAACGGCACGAAUGUAUGGACGGAAGGCUUCGGUUAUACGGAUAUC